AUAUCAUCAAAUUUUACACCCAAGGCAGAAACCCCUUUCCAAAGGGUUUUUCUGUUCUCAACUCUAAUCUUCAAACUCCAAACCAGGAUCUCUCUCUGUUUUGAAGAAAUUCUGCUUCUAAAGCUUGGAGGAGUUUUCUGGGUUCUGGUUGAUAAUUCAAAUUUCACUUUAACAGUGAGACUACUGUACAUUUUGGCUUCAAUGUAAUGUGGAGAGUGUGGUGGUAGGUUAUUAUUUUGUCAAUCUGAUGGAACCUGCAACCAAGAAGCCUGUACCAAAACCUAAGAAAUUGAGGUCACUAGUCUGGAAUGACUUCGAAAGGGUUAAAAGAGGUGAUACCAUGGCUGCCAUAUGUAAACACUGCAAAAAUAAACUUAAUGGAGCAAGUACUAGUGGAACAACACAUUUGAAGAAUCAUUUGUUAAGAUGUCCUGUGAAAAACAACCUUGGGGAUACUAAUGCUGGUAUAUCAUAUGGUAAGAGAUUGACAUCUCUCGUCUGGAAUGAUUUUGAAAGGGUUAAAAGAGGUGAUGCUAUGGUUGCCAUAUGUAAACACUGCAAAAGGAAACUUAAUGGUGCGAGUACUAAUGGUACAACACAUUUGAAGAAUCAUUUGCUAAGGUGUCCUUUGAGAAACAGUCUUGCGAGUGCUAGUGAUACAACACAGAGGAAUCUCUUGCAAAUAUAUCCAUUGAACAACAACGUUCUAGUGAGAGAAGAGAUAGAAGAUGGAUCUGUUGAACCUGAUAGUCUCAUACCUGACGAAGAUCCGAUCCCCCAACAUAUAGAGCAAAGUCGAGUUGAUCUUGCACGCAUGAUUAUUUUACAUGACUACCCACUAAAUAUGGUUGAGCACAUUGGGUUUAAAAGAUUUGUUGAGAAUCUCCAGCCAUCGUUUUGCUUUACGUCAGAUACAGUUAUGGCUGAUUGUAUGCAAAUAUAUGGGAUAGAGAAGCAAAGAGUAUAUGAGAUUUUGGAUGAAGUUCCUGGUCAAAUUAGUGUCACUGCCAGUACAUGGACAUCAGGCCAAGAUCAUGUAUACUUGUGUUUGACGGCUCACUACAUUGAUGUUGCUUGGUUAUUGCAGAAAAAGAUUCUUAACUUCGUAAUGAUUGAUCCUGAUACAGAAGAAACACUACAACUAUCAGAAACUAUUAUCACAUGUAUAAAUGACUGGGGCAUAGACAGUAAGUUGCUCUCGUUGGCAUUAGAUAAUUAUUCGACGAGUGAUGAUGUUGCAUCCAGAGUUAAAGAACGACUUCCUCAUAACAGGUUGCUGCCGAGAAAUGAUCUUUUCCAUGUAUGUUGUGCAGAACACAUUCUCAAUGUGAUUGUUCAAGAAUUGUUAGGAGCAUUGCAUGACGUAAUCCAUAAAAUACGAGAAUGUGUUAGGUAUGUCAAGAGUUCAGAAUCCCUGCAACAGAAUUUUAAUGACUUGUAUCAAGGAUUACAAGUCACUACUUCUCAUAAGAACUUGUGCCUUGAUUCUCCUACAAGAUGGAAGUCUACGUAUCUGAUGCUUGAGGCUGCUGUGGGAAAUCGUAUUGCAUUUUCGCAUUUUCAAGAAUGUGACAGCAAUUAUGUAAAGAUCUCUAAUUCAGACUGGGAAAGGGUAACUGCCGUCACCAACUAUUUGAAGCUGUUUGUUGAGGUUCUAAAUGUUUUUUCAGGUGCGAAAUCUCCAACAGCUAAUCUGUAUUUCCCUGAAGUUUGUGAUAUUCAUGUCCAACUGAUUGAGUGGUGCAAGAGCUCGGAUAGUGUAAUUUGUUCUGUUGCACUUAAAAUGAAGGAGAAAUUUGAUAUUUAUUGGAGUGUUUGCAUCCGGCUUUUAACAAUUGCAGCAAUUUUGGAUCCUCGAUUCAAGAUGAAGUUAGUGGAAUAUUACUACCCACAAAUUUACGGUGGUAGUUCAGCAGAACGCAUCAGUGAUAUUUCCAAAUGUAUUAAGGAUCUUUACGAGGAAUAUACAAAUAAGAGCAUGGCAUUUUCUUCUCUUGAUCAUGGUUAUGCUUGUGAGGGUCAAAGUAGUGGACUUAGUGCUGCCUUGAGUUGUGUUGACAAUGGUUCUAAAGAUAGAUUAAGUGGUUACAACAAGUUUGUUCAUGAAACAGCUGACACCCAAUAUGAAAAAUCUGAGUUGGACAAAUAUUUGGAUGAGCCUGUCUUUCCUACGAACAUCGAUUUCAACAUACUGAAUUGGUGGAAAGUCAACUCACCAAAAUACCCUGUUCUGUCUAUGGUAGCUCGUGAUGUCUUGGGAAUUCCUAUGUCAACGGCAGUUACAUCAUAUUCUGCAAAUAAUGAUGGAGAUAGAGUCCUUGCUACGCAUUGGAGUCCACUUAGUUCAGAUGUUAUACAGGCUAUGAUAUGCACACAUGACUGGCUUCAGACUGAGUUAGAAGCUUAGGUUAAUUAUUGAGUAAUGAAGAACGGACAGAAGGUUAAGUUGGCUAAUUCAUGAUGUAGGUUUGCACAAGACUUACUCCUCUCAACUCUGUAUGACAACUAUUCUUCUAAUAUGGAGCACAGCACGUACAUUUUGGAUGUUUCUUCUAAGUCGGACAUUUUAAUCAUGGUCGAGCAUCAAUUGCAGGCUGCAGCUUUUGCUUCUCUUGACCGGAGAUAUUAUUAUUCUAACUUGACGAAUAGAUAUUAGGCCCAGAUAUCUGUUUUGUCUAAAUGUAUGAGCUUGUAUUUUGUUCUCAACACAUGUUAGAAAUGUUUUUUGGUGGAGGGUGUCUUGGAUGGGCCUUCCUACAAAAUUAUCUAUUUAAAAAAAAAAUCAACCUUAGUAUUUAUGAAAAUUUUACAUUAACCUAUGAAUCUAUGAUUAAUAGUAACAUGUAUUCACAGAUCAAAGGAAGUUGCAUUCUCCAGGACAUUGUCCAUUUCUCCUCAAGAAUUUGUCUAGAGGUAAAGUCAGGUCACUAAUUUUGUCUAGGG